UGUCGGGACAACGUGACACCUCACACCGUUGCACAACCACGCCUGAUCUAAAGUUCAAGGUACUGACAGCGGACGUGAUCGCCACUCCGGACCGUCACUCAGCCCUGCAACCGCAGACAGGAGCUUCUCUUCUCCAAAAGCUUUUGCCAAAUUAAAGACGCCAUGGGAGAGUGGGGGUUUCUGUCCACGCUGCUCAAUAAGGUGCAGUCCCACUCCACGGUUGUUGGGAAGGUGUGGCUCAGCGUGCUCUUCAUCUUCAGGAUCAUGGUGCUUGGAGCCGGGGCUGAGAAGGUUUGGGGGGAUGAACAGUCCAGCAUGGUUUGUAACACCAAACAACCAGGUUGUAAGAACGUCUGCUACGACCACGCCUUCCCAAUCUCCCACAUCCGGUUCUGGGUCAUCCAAAUCAUCUUCGUCUCCACACCGUCCCUCAUCUACCUCGGCCAUGUCAUUCAUGUCAUCCACAAAGAGAAGAAGCUGAGAGAAUACAUUGAAACUCACUCCAGCGAGGAGGUCACCAAAGUUCCAAAGUAUUCUGAUGAAAAAGGCCACGUCAAGAUUAAAGGCGAUCUGUUUGGGAACUACAUGACCUCCAUCUUUUUUAGGAUCCUCAUGGAGAUAGCCUUCAUUGUGGGUCAGUACUACCUGUACGGUUUUGUCAUGGAGCCCCUGAUCGUCUGCUCUCGGGCACCGUGUCCGUUCACCGUGGAGUGCUACAUGUCCCGGCCCACUGAAAAAACCAUCUUCAUCAUCUUCAUGCUGGUGGUGGCCUGCGUCUCCCUCGUCCUGAAUGUGAUCGAGAUCUUCUACUUGGCGUGCUCCCGAUCGCGCAGGAGGAAGUCCAAAACGGUGCCGGUGACGGCAGUCGCUCUCCACCCCCGCUUCCCCAACGACAGCAUGAUGAACAAGGAGAAAAUGAGCCUCCUGGACUCCAGCACGGCCUGAAGACGACCCUUCCUGUAGAGAAGAUGUCGACCCACGCACUAACUCAAACCAAGGUCGACAAUGCAGUCAAAUCUCGACAAUAACUAGUACUCACUGCAAGUCUACAAGUUGACUUCAAGUCACCUUUGAUCUAAACAGCUUAAGGCAUAACAUUGACUCAGCAGAAAGCGUUAGCUCAUAAAGUAAAGCUUUUCAUUUACUUUUGAAAUAUUGAUUAAUUAAGCACACAACCAACCUAAAAGAAAUAUUAUCUCUCCAACAAUCUCUUGAUCUAUUGUAAAGGUGUUUCCAGUGGACUUUUAACUACAAUGAUGCUGUUUUUACACAAAAAAAACUGUCGUUUUCUAGUCCCGUUUUUUCGUAUAAGUCGCACGAGCAAAAAAUGUCUGAUCAAGAAGAAGAAAACCAUAAAUAAAUUGCACUUUUUGGAGAAAUGUCUGACGUUUCAGAAAAAAUCCGCCAAACCCAAAAAAUAAAUACAAGAAUACAAAUCCUUUGACC